GUCCUGCCCCUUCGAGAAGAAAUCAGAGAGAGGGCAAGAGGCCCACUGAUCUUAUCCUCCUUGUGUUCCCUGACAAUUCACCUUUUUGGUUCCCAGCUUCUGUUCCCAAGAAGGAAAAACUUACUGUCAAGAGGAGACACACUUCCUCACCACAGACGCCAGUUCCCACAGCAGCUAUGGCAAGUGGUACGGAUUCAGAUGGUGAACAGGUGGUGCCAGAUGAAGAAGGGCCUGAUGUGAAAGCAGUCCAAGCCCAUUAUCUUCGAAGCCCCUCUCCCAGCCGAUAUUCAGUGAUAUCAGAUGCAGACACUGAGAGCAUCUUCAUGGAGCCCAUCCAUCUUUCAUCUGCUGUGGCUGCCAAGCAGAUCAUCAAAGAAGAAUUGAAGACAAAGGAAGUGAAGGUAGAUACUACAUGUCCUGGAAUGCUGGAAUCUGCAGAGCAGCUAUUGGUGGAAGACCUGUACAAUCGAGUGAAGGAAAAGAUAGAUGACACCAGUCUUUUCAACACACCUUGUGUCAUGGACUUGCAGAGGGCACUUGUGAAAGACCGCCUUGAGUCCCCAAGGGAUUCUAUUGAUGAAGUCUGGCCCAAUAUCUUUAUAGCAGAAAAGAGUGUUGCAGUCAACAAAGGCCGCCUAAAGAGAAUAGGAAUUACACAUAUCCUGAAUGCUGCUCACGGCACUGGUGUGUAUACAGGACCAGACUUCUAUAAUGGCAUGGAAAUCCAGUACCUGGGCAUCGAGGUAGAUGAUUUCCCAGAUAUGGACAUCUCUAAACAUUUUCGCCAGGCUGCAGAGUUCCUUGAUGAAGCAUUACUAACCUAUAAAGGAAAAGUUUUAGUCAGCAGUGAAAUGGGAAUCAGUCGCUCAGCAGUGCUGGUAGCUGCUUACCUGAUGAUCUUUCAUCACAUGACAAUCUUGGAGGCCUUGAUGACUAUACGGAAGAAGCGAGCCAUAUAUCCUAAUGAUGGUUUCUUGAAACAGCUAAGGGAACUCAACGAAAAUCUUUUGGAGGAACGACAAGAAGACAUUGAAGAAGAUACUGAUGACACAAGUAGCCAAAGUUCUGUGGUUAGAGCUGGAAGCUGUUCCUUGUUGUCUGAGAGAGGGAAUUCUGGCAGUAUCAUGGGAGCCAAAGUCCAUUCUAUCACAGUUGAGGAGGAUGACACCACAAGCCUCCUGGGAAGUGUAAUGAGUGCUUCUUCUAUGGGAAAAUCAAGCUUGGUUUCCAAACAGCCUACUCUAAUCAGUGAAGAAGAAGAGGAGGAACUCUAUGAAGAAUGGAGGAAAAAGCAGGGCCUGCCUGCCAGGGAACUUCCAAAUAAAGACGGAGAGAACAAACCUUCAGAUCUUUCAUUUCCAGAACAGGAUAAUUCUGAGGAGGAUACUGAACGGUUGAUCAAAGAAUGGCAACGCAAAAAUGAGAAAUGCCAAAUGGAAAGCUACUUGUUUCCCAAAGAGGAGGAUGGAGACUCUAGCAUGGGAGAAAGACUACAUUCUGUAAAUAAUAUAAGUGAUACUGAGAGUGUGAGUAGCCAACAAAUCAAGAUCCUGAAACAACAACUGGAAGCAAGUGGCAUCAACAGAACAAGGAGAGGGCGCACAGAUUCUGUGUCUACAGAAAGUAGUUGGGAUAUGUGGAAUGAGAGGAUGAUGGAGAUAGAGAAAGAAGCUGCUCAGAGAUAUUGUUCCAGAAGUAAACAUAGUAAUGAGAAGCCAGAAAAUGGAACAAAAGAAAGAGAUGUGGAUGAGGAAAGUAUAUUAUCAGAUGCUAGUUCCUUUUAUAAUUUUUGUCAAAAGAACAAAGAUAAACUGACUGCUUUGGAAAGAUGGAAGAUCAAAAGAAUCCAGUUUGGUUUUCACAAAAAAGACCAGGAAGGCUCUGAGCAACCCAAGGUUGAAGGUGGCAGCCAACAAGGUAACGAUACUACAGAAGAGCAGAAGAACUUGUCAGAUGUCAACCUAACAGCCUACCAAGCCUGGAAGGCUAAACACCAGAAGAAGGUGGGCAAUGAUAAUAAGGAUGAAAUUGUGGAACUGGCUAAAGUUGAAGAUUCUGCUUCUUCCAGGAGAAAACAGAGACGAAUGGAGUUACUUGAGCAUUCAAAGAAAGUUUUGGAGGAAAGCCAGUCUCUCUGCAGCUGGGAAGCAGAUAGUGCAAUGAGUGGAAGUAUCCCAUUGUCAGCCUUUUGGCCAUCACCAGCUUCUGUAAAUGGCACCGAUGAUUCUGCUUCAGCAUUGAGCAUGCAAACCAAUCGCUCCUCUUUAUCUCAGGCCAGAAGCAAUUGUGGGGCCAUGUCAGGGCAUGCCCUAGGAGCAAGUAUGCCCAAUAUCCCCCUUGGUCUAGACAACACAAUAUCAGUAGCCAGUAUUCAAAACUGGAUUGCCAAUGUUGUUAGUGAAACUAUUGCUCAGAAACAAAAUGAGAUCUUGAUGUUGUCACGGCCUUCAUCUGUACUGGCUUCUAGUGUUAAAUCAGGUGAUGCAGACAGAUAUCUGGAUGAUGACAAGACUUCUAUGCUUAGUGCAAAGAGUGGCUUUUCUCUAGCUAAUUCCUUGCUCCACAAGCAAGACGCACAGUAUGCUGACACUCGAUCCACCCUGUCUUGCGACACAUCAAUGAGUGGAAGGAUGGAAGGAUCCAGUUCAAGCAGGAGAGUGACACAAACAAGCAAGCCUCUUUUCAGUCUCUUUGCUGAUGAAGUUGACCUGAAGAAUCUUAGCAGAAAGGAAAAGAAGAUGCAGCUGGAAAUGAAAGAGAAGAUGUCAGAUUAUCAGACUGAGAAGCUUAUCAGCAACAAUAAACGCAGCACUUUAUUUAAGAAGAAGAAGAUCAAGGGUGAUGAGGAUGGGGAUGAGACAACAGGAAAUGAUACAGAAAGCAUAAUUGGUGGACUUAAGUUCCCUUUGCAAACAAAUUUUGAUCACACUGAUACAGCUUCCACUUUCUCAGGUCAGUUUGCCAGUUAUGGUGGUGCUAUCAAAUCAGAAGUGGAGAGCAAUGUAAACAAGUGGCUUAAAGGUUUGAAGGCAGAAGAAAGGUCUUCAUAUCAGGAUUGCUCUGACACUGGUGAAGAAAAAUACAAAAGAUCUUCCACCUUCAGAGAGGUCGACACUGAAUCUUCUAGCUACAGGAUUUCCAGAUCUCAAAGAGAAGAAAUGGAUAGAUUUUCAACAUACCAGUGUAAAGAUGAUUUGCAAAGGGCAUCAUCACAAUUUUCUUCCUCCAGUGUUAAAGAAGGCAAGGAAGCACGUACAUUUACACGGUCAAAACUGAGUGAGUCAAGUUCCAGAGAAGAAAGUCCAGAACCAAAUUUUUCCAGGAGAACCCCAGAGUCCUCCUACAGCUCAGAAUCCUCAGAACCAUCUGCACGGAGUAGGAUCAGAUCACGUCACUUGGAAGAACACGAGGAGGAGUCCAGUUCAGAUGUGUCUGAGUUUGGAGCCAAAAGAAAGUUCACCCAGAGCUUUGCAAAGUCUGAGGAGAAUGGAGAGAAAGAGGGAAGGGAAGAAAAAAGGGAAGAGUGCUUUUCAUCGAGGCGUUCGUUUAGAAACAGACAAAGCACUCGUAAAGAAGAAGAAGAGGAAAUGGAUGAUGAUGCCAUCAUUGCCGCCUGGAGAAAUCGGCAGGAAGAAACAAAGGCAAAGCUUCGACGAAAGAGGGAGGAGCAAUAGAAAGCCAUGUUAUACCUGCUCUGUAUUACUCCAGUUGAAGAAAAGCCUUGGGGGAAAAAAAUCUCAAAAGACACAUUUUAAUCACUCUAUUUUCCAUCAUCAGUUUCAGUUAAGAGAGUACCUUUUAGUCCUGCAUAUAUUACCUUAUUCUUUCUUUUCAGUCGUAGUGGCUUUCCCAUUGUAUAUCAAUAACAUCCAGGUCUUUAUGUAUAGAAAUAUUUCAAGUGCUCUUUGAGAAAAUGUAUUUAGUCAUAAUAAUAAUCAUCAUCACCAUCAUCAUCUUUAUUUGUAUUCCGCCCUGUCUCCCCAAGGGAACUCAUCACACUAGAGAAAAAAGUCCACUUAAAAUCCGGUUUCUGCCUCCUGCAGAAUUCUGGAGUUUGUAGUUUAGUGAAGCUAUUAAAGGCUCCUCCUUAAACUACAAACCCCAGAAUUCUGCAAGAGGCAGAAACCAGAUUUUAAGUGGAUUUUUUCUCUAGUGUGAUGAAGAGAUCGGAGUGGAUUUUGAAAAUAAGUCAAUGCUCACAAACAUUUGUUUGAAAUAUGUAAAUUAUUAUAUUUUCUAAAAUUAUCAGAAUUAGUUUAUUAUUUUAUUUUAAUUUAAUUGGGAUUAAAACUAGAACAAUAUAAACAACCUUUAUUAGCAGGUUAUAAUGCAGCUCUUCUUAUACCAUCAGUGCCCUGAUCCCAUGUGGAAGGUAUAACUGAACUUUUAAUAUUCUAUUGCUUCAAAAUCACAGAGCCUUUUCCAUCUCCGGUGUGCAUCAAUAUAAAGGAAACUACUGAGGGAAUAAAUGCAAUGUUUGUUCCCAUGACAACUUGUAACUGAGCAAAAUAUCAAUCAUCAGUCACAUGGGGAGACUUUGUUUAAGAAUUUUUACUUUGUUUGCUAUAUAAAGGAGACAAUACCAGAGGAAAAAAUUUACCUUUGGAGCAGAAUUGUAUUCCUAACCUUAUAAAGCAUAUGCUAUAACAGUUUGUAUCACUUUUAAAUGAAAGUGUGCCCAGGCUGCAUUCUGGUAUAUUGGAAAUAAAAGCACAGUGUAGAAAAUGGAACAACUUAGCAGCAGCAUUCUAGCAAAAGAAA